UGGCCGGGCACAUUCAAAAUGGCGGAGUGUGGAGCGAGCGGCAGCGGGAGCAGCGGGGACAGCCUGGACAAGAGCAUCACGCUGCCCCCCGACGAGAUUUUCCGCAACCUGGAGAACGCCAAGCGUUUUGCCAUAGACAUAGGCGGCUCGCUGACCAAGCUGGCCUACUACUCCACCGUGCAGCACAAAGUCGCCAAAGUGAGGUCCUUCGACCACUCGGGCAAGGACGCCGAGCAAGACCACGAGCCGCCCUACGAGAUCUCGGUGCAGGAGGAGGUGACCGCCCGGCUGCACUUCGUCAAGUUCGAGAACACCUACAUAGAAGCCUGCCUGGACUUCAUCAAGGACCACCUCGUCAACACCGAGACCAAGGUCAUUCAGGCGACCGGGGGCGGGGCAUACAAGUUCAAGGACCUCAUCGAAGAGAAGCUGCGGCUGAAAGUUGACAAGGAAGACGUGAUGACUUGCUUGAUAAAGGGGUGCAACUUUGUGUUAAAGAACAUCCCGCACGAGGCCUUCGUGUAUCAGAAAGAUUCCGACCCUGAGUUCCGAUUUCAGACAAAUCACCCCAACAUUUUCCCAUAUCUUCUUGUCAAUAUCGGUUCUGGAGUCUCUAUUGUGAAGGUGGAGACCGAGGACAGAUUCGAGUGGAUUGGCGGCAGCUCCAUUGGAGGUGGCACCUUCUGGGGGCUCGGGGCGCUGCUCACCAAAACAAAGAAGUUCGAUGAGCUGCUGCAUCUGGCCUCCAAGGGCCAUCACACCAAUGUGGACAUGCUGGUGCAGGACAUCUAUGGCGGGGCCCAUGAGACCCUGGGGCUGAGCGGCAACCUCAUCGCCAGUAGCUUCGGGAAGUCGGCCACCGCCGACAGAGAGUUCUCCAAGGAGGACAUGGCCAAGAGCCUGCUGCACAUGAUCAGCAAUGACAUCGGGCAGCUCGCCUGCCUCUAUGCGAGGCUCCACUGCUUGGACAGGGUCUACUUCGGCGGCUUCUUCAUCCGGGGCCACCCUGUCACCAUGCGCACCAUCACCUACAGCAUUAACUUCUUCUCCAAGGGGGAAGUCCAGGCACUGUUCUUGAGACACGAAGGCUACCUGGGAGCCAUUGGAGCAUUUCUAAAAGGAGCCGAACAAGACAACCCCAACCAGUACAGCUGGGGCGAGAACUACGCAGGCAGCUCCGGGCUGAGGAGUUCGCCCCCAGAGCCCUGCCCGUCUCAGCGGACCAGGGGCGGCGCCUUUGACUUGCUGGAAAUGGACCGGCUGGAGAGGCCGUUGGUGAAUCUGCCGCUCCUUCUGGACCCGUCAUCCUACGUGCCCGACACCGUGGACCUCACGGACGACGCCCUGGCUCGCAAGUACUGGCUCAGCUGCUUCGAGGAGGCGCUGGAUGGGGUGGUGAAACGUGCUGUGGCCAGCCAGCCAGGCUCUGUGGACGCAGCUGAGAGGGCGGAGAAGUUCCGCCAGAAGUACUGGAACAAGCUGCAGACGCUGCGACACCAGCCGUUUGCUUACGGGACCCUGACCGUGCGCAGCCUUUUGGACACGAGGGAGCACUGUUUGAAUGAGUUCAGCUUCCCAGACCCCUACUCCAAGGUGAAGCAGCGGGAAAACGGUGUGGCGCUGAAGUGUUUCCAGAGGGUGAUCCGCUCCCUGGAUGCGCUGGGCUGGGAGGAGCGGCAGCUGGCCCUGGUCAAAGGGCUGCUGGCCGGCAACGUCUUCGACUGGGGAGCGAAAGCUGUCUCUGAUGUCCUCGAAUCCGACCCCCAGUUUGGGUUUGAGGAGGCGAAGAGGAAGCUGCAAGAGCGGCCCUGGCUCGUGGACUCCUACAGCAAGUGGCUUCAGAGACUGAAGGGGCCCCCUCACAAAUGUGCCUUAAUUUUCGCAGAUAACAGUGGAGUAGACGUCAUUUUGGGAGUCUUCCCCUUUGUCAGGGAGCUUCUCUCUAGAGGGACGGAGGUCAUCCUGGCGUGCAACUCAGGACCCGCCUUGAACGACGUGACCUACAGCGAGUCCCUCAUCGUGGCUGAGCGCAUUGCGGCCAUGGACCCCGUUAUCCACUCAGCACUCAGAGAAGAGAGGCUCCUGCUGAUGCAGACGGGUUCCAGCUCCCCGUGCCUGGACCUCAGCCGCCUGGACAAGGGGCUGGCCAUGCUGGUGCGGGAGCGCGGUGCAGACCUGGUGGUCAUCGAGGGCAUGGGCCGGGCCGUCCACACCAACUACUACGCGAGCCUGCGCUGUGAGAGCCUCAAGCUGGCCGUCAUCAAGAACUCCUGGCUGGCCGAGCGUCUGGGCGGCCGGCUCUUCAGCGUCAUCUUCAAGUACGAGGUCCCGGCCGAGUGAGGCGCCGCCCUGCUGGACUGUUCUCGUCACUCGUCAGGAAUGUAUUUCGACUACAACAGGGAAACUGCAUUCAAAUCCGAAUAUUUAUAUUGUGCUUCUGUGACUCGGAGCGGGCGCACCCAGCUGUGGACACGGCGCUCGAGGCCCUGAGUCGCUGUUCACACUGCCGUGUUCAUGGUGGGGACGCAGCUCUCGUCCCGUGAGACACUCACGUUGGAAUGUAUUUAGCUGUUAAAUAAUCUUUUAUAUAUAUAUAUAUAAAUAUAUAUAUAAAUAUAUACAGAUA